GUGGGGCUUACACAUAUAAAUGCUUGGUUGUUGUGCCAACUGCCACAGUUCACAUGGGGUAAACAACCCAAACGUAUGUUUGGAGGAGCUGAUUUGUAUCAACUGAAUAUGCAAAGUAUGUGAAGAGCAAAGAUGACUUCUGACGCAGAGAGAGAUAGACCUGCUGGCAGUUACAGUAGCUUUGGUCCUAUCAAGGAGAAGAACAAAGUAAUAAAAUGUAACUCACAACCCUUUUUAAAGCCAACAUUUGCUCAGGGGGCGAUACGGUUUAUGAAAAAAGUCAGCAAAAUACUACACUCAAAGAGUGUGGACCCCACUGCACCAGAACCUGUCGACUUCACCCUGGAUGAAUCUAAACUCAUCCUCAGAGAGAUUGCUCAGGAACUGGACCGGAUAUUGCAGACGAGAGCUCUCUCACUGUCAACCAAUGUCGGUGAAGAUGGGUCUAGUCUGGAGGAGCGACAGGCAUUCCUUCUUCAGUUGGCUCAGAACCUCCCACAACGAGCACAUGCCCCAGAGAAGUACCUCGGACAAUCAGCAGUGUUGAGCCCAUGCAGUAAUGGGCUGGAGGAGAACAGGGGAGAAGCUUGUACACCAAAGCCUGAGGGCAAAAGAAGACUGAAGAAGGCCAUUAGUGAUCUUUCUACAUGGACCUGGACUCUGAGAGGGAUGGAAGACGACUCGGUGUGUCUGGAUACGGAUGUGGAUGAGGUGGUGAAAGAGAUGUGUAAACUGUGGAAGAAGGGCAAACUGCCCAACAUACUCCCUGUGCUGAACUUUGUUAUCUUGAGUAUCCUGCAGCAGGAAGGACAAAAGCUGUCUAUUGUAAAACAUUGGAACAGAAAUCAAGAGCUCUUCAACAGUCGAGCUGAUCCACAACAUGCUCCAGAUUCUGUAUGGAAAUGGAUUACCAAGACUAGAGCUGAGGUCAGACUAGACCCGUCUACCGCAAACCCGUGUCUGAAGAUAUCCCCAGACGGGAGAGCGGUGACAAUGGACGAGAUUGUGGAGAGCGUCUACGACCCAUGGAAAGACUUCAGAAGAACCAAACACCGAUAUGACGGCUGGUGGUGCGUGUUGGGCAGAGAGGGCUUUGCUUCCGGAAGGCACUACUGGGAGGUGGAUGUCAGAGGCAAGAAGGAGUGGAGGAUGGGGGUGGUCAGGGAGUCAGCUCCCCGAAAUGGCUUUAAAAGCCUGAACGAGAAAACCUAUCACUGGACUUUGAAAUUGCAAUUGGGCCGGCUCAUGGCCAUGACGGUUCCAGUCACUAAGCUAGCCAGAUGUGCACCCAGUGUGUUGGGUGUGUUCCUUGACAUGGAAGAGGGAAAUGUGUCCUUCUACGAUGUGACAAACAGGUUGCACAUCUACUCGUUCAAUGUCAGUUUCGAUCUUGAUGAAAAGAUUUUCCCUGUGUUUGGCACCGUUGAGACGGGGAGAGAGAUGCGCAUCUUGAAUUGAAAUGAAUUGCACUGCAUUAAGAUG